AUGCCCUUCAGAAGAACGUUAAAAAAUGUUGUUAAAAAUUAUUCGGAUGCCCAGGUUAAGGUGAGGGAGGCCACGUCCAAUGAUCCAUGGGGCCCGUCCAGUACCUUAAUGACUGAAAUUGCUGAUCUAACUUAUAAUGUCUUAGCAUUCACAGAAAUAAUGCAAAUGAUAUGGAAAAGACUUAAUGAUUCUGGAAAAAACUGGAGACAUGUUUAUAAAUCUCUUGUUCUUCUAGAAUACAUUGUCAAAACUGGUAGUGAAAAGGUCACACAGCAGUGCAAGGAAAAUAUAUUUGCAAUACAGACACUUAAAGACUUUCAGUAUGUUGAAGAUGCCAAAGACUAUGGUUCAAAUGUGAGAGAGAAAGCCAAACAGUUGUCUUCUUUACUAAAAGACAAUGAAAGACUGAAGAAUGAAAGGGCCAAAGCAUUAAAAGCUAAAGAAAGAUUCGCCCAGACAAGUUCUGGUGUCGGUGUUAGCAUUUUUGUCAUAGUGUGA